ACACACACAGUAGUCACUCCCAGACACCAGAGGAGGGACGACACUAUCAACAUUACUCUAGAGUGACGUACCACUGAGCAAACUUAACAUGGCUGGUGAUUUAGAAAACACAGAGUUGGUGAUGUUGACUCCUGGUGACUUUGAAGAAGUGUCUCAACUGAUGGAACAUCACUUUCUCAAGAGGAACCCUCUUUGCAUAGUGGCCAAAGAAACGACUCCAGCGUGCUACGGCGAGUCUCUUGAUGUAAUAAUGAAAUUGACUUUGGAUUCUGGUCUGUCUGUCGGUGCCAGGGAGAAGAAGACGAAGAAGUUGGUGGCCAUCUUGUUAGCCACAAAAAAGGUGGAUCGACUGCGCAAAAAUGAUUCGCAUAAAUUGAGGAAGCAGCAGUGUGUUGUACACAGCGUCCUGGCCAUGAUUAAUGUUGAUGCUGCCAAGUUGGAAAGUAUUACAAGUUACUUAUGCUUGGAGUUUGUGUGUGUCCAUCCUGACUACACUGGUCGAGGCCUCGCACGCACGAUGAUCCAGAAAGUGCUGAAUAUGGAUCGUGAGUGCGGCGUAGAAGCUGUGUGUGUGCAGGUGGCCAACGCUAGCGUGGACAGGAUCUGUUCUCGUCUCGGCUUCGAAACUGUCAAGUCUCUGGACCUGAAAACCAUCGCUGAUGAGUUUGGCCUUGACCUCUCUCUCAUACCUCAGGAGGAAACUAUCAUCAAACUGAUGAUCAAACGGUGGACAGACUAGCUUUGUAGGCAGUUGUACAGCACUGACAUAAUUUAACCUUAGGCUAAACUGCCUGUGUGGUCAUACUGAUAGGUCAUACUCUCAUUCCCCAUUUGCUGUGUCAUACAGCGAAUGGGGAAUGAGAGGACAGCUCCAUUUCCCAGUAACCGGCAUCGAAACAUCCCGGCCUUCAAGAGAAUGACUCUCAUUGGUACGUAGUAAAUUUACAGCAAUACUUUCUCCAGAUAAAAAAAAUACUCCUCAUUCCUGAUCACUUCUUGGAUACUUAAUUAUUGUUGUUGCUCUACCAUAGUUGUUUUUGUUGUAGGUGUCGUUGGCAUAAAAUGAGAUAGCUUUUAAUAUGACAAUUUUUCGCUUGAUUUACAAACUUUCACAUUACUGAGACAUCAGUGCAGGGGCAAGUGGGUGGUGGUGGUGUUACUCUGAGACCUUGGUAAACAAACACAAUACUGAAGAUUGAGACACUUAUGUAGCAUAUGGGAAUCUUUAUUCAGGAAACGUUUCGCCACAGAGUGGC